AUGAAUUUGAGAUGUUCUGCCUUUAGAUAUUUCAGAUUUAAUCACACAAAUAAUAAAGAAUAAGAAUUUGAUAUUUUUUAUAUGUUGAAUUAAGUUCUUUAAGUAAUCGGUGUUUAGCAAAAUGAGGAAUAACAAAUGGAAGCAAUUUAUGAUGACUUUCAGAGGCCUCCAAAGAUUAAGAUUGCUAUGAUGCAUGCUGCAGCUACAAAAUUUGCCAAGACUGAUCCAAAUAUUGACCUUGAUAAAACAAAUGUGUGUCCAUGUUGUGGAUUACCAGCAAUCAUUGAAGAAAUUCCGUUAUGCUCAUCAAGAAAUGAAUUCAGUUUCAACGGAUCAGGGAUAGCGUUGUAUUUUGAUUUCUUAGUUUUUUCGGGAGUUAUCGUAUUUGCCUAUAUAGCCAUAAGUUGCGGAUACGAUAUUUAUGCGAAUUAUCAAGGGCAAAGAUGCAGUCAAAUAAAGAGUAGUAUUGCUGAUAAAUGUAAAACUGAUUUUUUCAACUAAUUUUCAUUGACAAAUGACCAUGAAGAAUUGGAUGAAGCUCGAAGCAUUCUCAAUUUUAUAUCCCAAGUGGUGAUACUUUUUUUGACUCUGUUUUACAGAAGACACAUAAGCAAAAUAGCAAUGGAAUUGGAUGAUGCAGCCAUUUUAGCAUCUGAUUUUUCAAUAAUAGUUGAGAAUAUCCCAAGAGAUGCGAAAGAACCUGAAAUUUAAGAAUACUUUUCUUAGCCCUUUCAAAAUGAAACUGUCGAAUUUAGAAAACUUUGCAUUGCUUAUGAAAUUUAACCGUAUUUGAAACUAAAUAAGUAAAAAUAACUCAAAGAAACGGUGCUCACCAAAGUACUUGAAUUGGAAGCAGAAGGAAAAUAAAUACCAAAAUCAAUACCACCAAGAGUUCAAUUAGUUUAAGAAAUAGAUAAAAUUUCAAAGGAAUUAGAUUAUAUGGAAGAUCAUAGAGCUACUAUUUUCGAUUUCAGUGGAAUAUGCAUCAUCACAUAUAAUUACGAGAAAUAAGCUGACAAUGUUUGCAAGACAUUCAAAUCUACAAGAUUUCAAAUCUUGUUAGAUUAACUGGGUUUUGAAUAGAAUGAGUUCAAGAAAUUCAGAAACAAUAACCUUUUUGUAAGGAAAGCGCCUGAACCUGGUGAUAUCAUAUGGGGUAAUCUUGGAAUUACAAUCAAAGAAUAGUAUAAGAGAACCUUGAUAACAAAUGCCAUGACUCUCUUUCUUUUAGCAAUUGGAUUUGGAUUAUUAGUUGGAUUGUCUUAUGCAUAAAAUAUUAUUAACAAGCAUAUCUCUAAAGGUUCAGCAGCAGAAGCAGCCAUUAUUACUCUUCUUGGGUUUGCAUCAUCAAUUUUGAUCUCAAUUAUAAAUGUAGUGUUGGCCAAGAUGAUUAUAAAGUUUGCUGAAUUGGAAUAGCAAGCCACUAGAACAGAUUAUAAUGUUAGUGUGGCUUAUAAGAUGGGAGUGGCUUAAUUUCUGAAUACUGCCAUCUUGACCUUGAUUAUUAAUCUCUUUAUACAGGAGGAUAUUGUGUCAUUAGAUCAAGCUAUUUGGUAAACAGGAGGACUCAAUUCAGAUGUGAUGUUGAUUUUCAUUACUAAUUCUAUAAUGCCUUGGUUGACUCUAUUAUUAGAUGUCAACUAUUUUUAUAAGUUAUAUGUCAGACGCAAAAUUAUUAAGUAAGGAGAGAAUUGCAAGUAUACUUAAAAUGAAGCUAAUCAAGCUUUCGAAGGACCCACAAUUGAUUUAUCAUAGAAAUAUGCUAAAUUGUGUAAAACCCUUUUGUUUACUUUUUUAUAUGCAGCCUUAUUGCCAUUAGGAGUUUGCUUUACUUUUCUCUCAAUAGUUUGUAUCUAUUGGACAGAAAAGUACUUGUUGAUAAGAAGAGAUUCUAAGCCUGCUCCAACUGGGAGUGCAAUGGCUGAGGCAAUGAUCGAUUUUUAUAUCGAAUUAAUUCUAUUAUUGUUUUCUUUAGGAUGCACUUUCUGGGAAUGGGUGAACUACGAUAAAGUUCACAUUCUAACAUGGUUGUAACUGGGAUUGUCAACAUUGCAUUAUUUCAUCCCAAUUUCGAAAAUAUGCGGAUGUAUAGUGGAUUUGGGUAUUGACAAUGCCACAUUGGAAUCAUAUGAUGAGAAAUUCUUAACUUUCUAUGAUGAUUAUGAUCGUCGUAAUCCUGUGACGCUAGAUGCAGCUAAAGAGAAGUGGAUCAAAAUUUAACAGGAAACUGUCUAGCCUACUCCAUAACCAAAAACAGCAACUUAAUUAAAACAAUAUCAUUAAAUUCAACACAUUACAACAGGUAGCACAAAAAUCCAUCCCCUAAAUAGUAGAAAUAGCAGAGAGAUUGAUGAUUUAUAAUAACUUCAAGUUUGA